AUGGCGAGGAGGUCGCGCUCGAAGUCGCGCGACAGGGAUGGGCGACGACGACGGUCGAGGAGCCGAUCCAGGGAAAGGGAUCGCGACUCGCGGGAUCGGCGCGGCCACAGGGACAGGCGGAGACGGCGGUCGCCCAGCGAGGACCGCCGCAGCUCGAAGCACCGCCGCACCGACGCCAGCCCCAGCGACCACGCCGCCAACGCGGCCGCGCCGGCACGCGGCCCCACGCCGCCGCCCCCCGUCCGCGCGCCACUCCCGACGCAGCCAGCGGCGGGCGCACCGCCGCCCGCGGCCCCGCGCUCGCCCUCCGCCGGCCCCCCCCCCGAUGACGCUGCGCGCUCGCUGCCCACCAUCGAGGCGGACAUCGAAAAGCGCCGGCAGCGCGCGGCCGCCUGGCAGGCCAAGGCCAAGCUCCUGGCGGCGAAGACGCAGGCCGGCGCGGGCGCGGCGCCGGCACCGCCGCCCGCCGCGCCGCCCGCCGACGUCGACAGCGAGGGGUUCAAGCCCCCGCCGAAGCGCGGGCAGGAGGACUCCGGGGAGAACGAGGCGUUCGGGUCGGUGCACGGCGGCGUGGCUGCGGCGGGCGCGGCUCCGCAGGCCGCGGCGGCCCCGCUCGCGCGGUUCAAGCUGAAGCCAGCGUUUGGGGUGGCCCGGGCGGGCGGCGUGCUGGGGGGCAAGAAGCUCCCCGCGGGCGCGCAGCCGAUCACGUCGUACGGCACGUCGUUCCGCAUCAAGCCGCUCGCGGGGUUCGGGAUCGCGCGCCCGCGGACGCCCGUGGUGCCGCUGGCGCCGGGCGAGGAGUCGCCUCCGAAGCGCCGGGCGGGCGACGCGGAGCCGGACGCGCUCGCGGGCGGGGAGCCGCGGUCCCCGGAGCGGCGCGAGGCCCCGGGCGCGGGCGCGGCGGAGGAGCCCCCCGGGUCGCCCGCGGCCAAGUCGGGGGAGAGCGGCGGCGAGGUGGACCCGCUCGAGGCCUUCAUGGAGGCGCAGGCGCCCGUGCCGAAGCAGAUCCGGAGCGGGGAGGACGCGGGCGGGGACGGGGAGGGGGGCGGCGACGUGGCGAUGGAGGGGGCGGGCCCCGGCGGCGCGGCGUCGGGGGGCUCGGGCGGCGCCGGCGCGGUGGCGGUCAAGUCGCGGGGCGGGGGCCGCGCGGGGCUGGCGUGGCUGGAGUCGGACAGCGAGGAGGAGGAGGAGGAGGAGAGCAGCGAGGAGGAGGACGACGCGAAGUGGGCGGAGAAGGUGCGCGCGGGGCGCACGAAGGGAGACCGGCUGGGCGUGGUGGACCACAGCAAGGUCGAGUACCCGGCGUUCCGGCGCAACUUCUUCAUCGAGCCGCCGGAGCUGGCGCGCAUGACGGACGAGGAGGUGGCGGCGGCGCGGCAGCAGCUGGACGGCAUCCGCGUGCGCGGGAAGGCCGUGCCGAAGCCCGUGCAGCACUGGAACCAGGCGGGCCUGUCGAGCCGCGUGCUGGACACGCUGCGCAAGGCCGGGUUCGAGCGGCCGAUGCCGAUCCAGGCGCAGGCGCUGCCGGUGAUCAUGUCCGGGCGCGACUGCAUCGGCAUCGCCAAGACGGGGAGCGGCAAGACGAUGGCCUACCUGCUGCCGCUCCUGCGGCACGCGCGCGACCAGCCGGCGCUGCAGGACGGCGACGGGCCGAUCGGGCUGAUCAUGGCGCCCACGCGGGAGCUCGUGCAGCAGAUCGGGAAGGACGCGCGGCGCGUGGGCGCGGCGGCGGGCCUGUCGGUGGUGCAGGUGUACGGCGGGACGGGCAUGGGCGCGCAGAUCUCGGCGCUGCGGCGCGGCGCGGAGGUCGUGGUGUGCACGCCCGGGCGCAUGAUCGACGUGCUGAUCACGAACAACGGCAAGGUCACCAACCUGCGCCGCGUGACGUACCUCGUCCUCGACGAGGCCGACCGCAUGUUUGACAUGGGGUUCGAGCCGCAGAUCCGGCGCAUCGUGCAGAACAUCCGCCCGGACCGGCAGACGGUGCUCUUCUCGGCGACGUUCCCGAAGCAGGUGGAGGCCCUCGCGCGGCAGGUGCUCACGUCGCCCGUGCAGAUCGACGUCGGCGGGCGCUCGGUGGUGAACCGCGACAUCGAGCAGCUGGUGGAGCUGCGGCCGGAGGAGGAGCGCCUGAUGCGGCUGCUGGAGAUCCUGGGGGAGUGGUACGACCGCGGGAAGGUGCUGGUGUUCGUGGCGACGCACGAGAAGUGCGACAACAUGUACCGCGACCUCCUGCGGCUGGGGUACCCGUGCCUGAGCCUGCACGGCGGCAAGGAGCAGGCGGACCGGCAGUGCACGAUCGAGGACUUCAAGGGCGGCGUGUCGAACAUCAUGGUGGCCACGAGCGUCGCGGCGCGCGGCCUGGACGUGAAGGACCUCGUGCUGGUGGUCAACUACGACCCGCCCAACCACCUCGAGGACUACGUGCACCGCGUGGGGCGCACGGGGCGCGCGGGGAACAAGGGCACCGCCAUCACCUUCAUCAGCGAGGAGGAGGAGGCCGUCGCGCCGGACCUCGCGCGCGCCAUGCGCGACGCCGGGAAGCCCGUCCCCGAGGACCUCCUGGCGCUGGCCAAGGCCUUCCAGGACAAGCGCCGCGAGGGCAAGGCGCGCGCGCACGGGAGCGGGUUCGGCGGGAGCGGGUUCCGGUUCGACGCCGGGGAGGAGGAGGCCAAGCGGCGCGAGCGCAACAAGCUGCGGCGCGGGUUUGGGCUCGAGGAGGAGGACAAGCCCGCGGGCGCGGAGGACGACGACGGCGAGGGCGACGCGGGCGUGCGCGUGGCGCUCACGAAGCGGGACAUCGAGCGCGCGGAGGAGCGGCGGGCGCAGGAGGAGGCGGACGCGCGGGCGCGGGCGGAGGCCGAGGAGCGCGAGCGGGAGGAGGCGGAGCGCGCGGCGGCGUACCGGGCGGGGCUGGAGGCGCGCCGGGCGGGAGAGGAGGAGCGCCUGCGCGAGGAGCGGAUGAAGGCCGCCGCGCCGUCGGGCGCGAUGGCCGCCGCGCUGGCGGCGCGCAGCGCCGCGGGCGCGGUGGAGACGGGCGGCGCGAUGCCCGCCGCGCCGGUGACUGGCGCCCCCGCGGCCGCGCCGCUGUCGGCCGACGCGGGCGGCGGCGGGGCGGCGGCGGCGGCUGCCGUGGCGGCGCAGCUGGCAGCCCGCAUCAACACUGGCAAGGCGCAGCGCGACACGACGCAGUUCGAGGCGGAGCUGGAGAUCAACGACUUCCCGCAGCACGCGCGCUGGCAGGCCACGCACAAGAACACCAUGGCGGAGAUCACCGACACGACGGGGUGCGCCGUCACCGUCAAGGGCCUCUACUACAAGCCCGGAGCACACAUCCCUGAAGGAGAGCGCAAGCUGCAUUUGUUGAUCACAGGUCCCAGCGUUGAGGCAGUGAAGCAAGCGAAACAGAUUCUGAAGACCGUCCUGGAAGAGGCCACGGAGAAGUCCCUGCGCCGAGACGCCGCGUCCGGCUCCGCGCAGGGCCGCUACACUGUCUGA